AAAUCAGUUCACCUUCAAAGGCAGAAACUUUAUUGAGACACCACCAUCUAACGCCAACAUGAAGUGGCUACUGCUGCUCUGCCUGUGUGUCUACGCUGUCCGUUGUCAAGACGACUACGACGAAUAUGACCUGGGGGUUAAGACCGAACCCAAAACAGUAGUGGACCCUCGCGGCCACCGUCCCUUAUCCAGAGGGAGUGAGACCUACAGCCCCGCCCGCAACAGCCCCCCACCCGUCAGCGGCGGCAGCCAGUACCGUGGUCGACCAACGGCGGCUCCCGCCAGAGGCAUGGAGCAGGAGAAGGAUGAGCAACCGGAGGCUGGAGGGUGUACACAUGCCUCAGAACAGAUGGGGGUGCUGUGUCCUACGGGCUGUGAGCUGAAGACAGCCAUGCUGAAACAAGAGAGGAACGUGAAAGAGGAAGUGAGGAAAAUGCAGAAAGAUGUUGACGACCUGUCGAGAUCCACUAACAACGUCUAUAACUACGUAGACGGCAUGUCCACAGCGCUGAGAGAGAGACAGCUAGUCAGCAACGAGAAUGGUGACCUGGUGAGUCAGUACACGGACGAUCUGGAGACCCAGCAUGCCUUUGCAAAGGAGGCUAUAGACACCGUCUUCCCCUCUAACAUUAGGAUUCUUCAAGGGGUCCUUGAGAAGAUCAGGUUGAAGAUUCAGAGAGUGGAGAAGGCUAUCCUGGCCCAGAGGGAGGAAUGCAAGGAGCCAUGCACCGUCUCCUGCCCCAUACCUGUUGUCUCUGGUAAGGAGUGUGAGGACAUCUUCAGGAAAGGAGGAAGGGAUUCUGGGAUGUAUCUGGUCCAGCCUGACUCCUUCUACCCGCCCUACAAGGUCUACUGUGACCAGACCACGCAGAACGGAGGCUGGACCACUAUUCAGAACAGGAAGGAUGGUUCUGUAGACUUCAGCCGACGUUGGGACAACUACCGCAGCGGUUUCGGGAAUAUCGCCUUCGACGUCGGGAAGGGACACUGCAACACUCCAGGGGAGUACUGGCUGGGUAAUGACCGCAUCAGUCAGCUGACCAAGCAGGGUCCCACUGAGGUCCUCAUGGAGAUGGAGGAUUGGUCCGGAAACAAGGUCCACGCCCAGUACAAACAGUUUACCAUACAGGGCGAGACGUCAAACUACGUAAUGGCGAUCAAUGGGUACUCGGGCACGGCCGGUAACGUGAUGCUGGAGGGAGCUACGGGGCUGUAUGGAGAGAACCGGACCAUGACCAUCCACAAUGGAAUGAUGUUCAGCACCUACGACAGGGACAACGAUAACUGGACUCCAGGUGACCCGUCCAAGCAGUGCUCCCGUGAAGACGGCGGUGGCUGGUGGUACAACAGGUGUCACUCAGCCAAUCCCAACGGCCGUUACUACUGGGGCGGGGCUUACACACGGUACAUGGCAAAACACGGGACAGAUGACGGGAUGGUGUGGAUGAACUGGAAGGGAUCCUGGUACUCUCUCAAAGCCAUCUGCAUGAAGAUCAGGCCCUACUUCGCCUCGCGGUAGACACACAGGGAGAUACACAGGGAGAUACACAGGGAGAUACACAGGGAGAUACACAGGGAGAUACACAGGGAGACACACAGGGAGAUACACAGGGAGAUACACAGGGAGAGACACACACACACACACGACAAGGGACACAUGACCACACACUAGGGCAGUGUUUCUCAAAUCCUGAUAAAACAUUAUUGUAACAACAUGUGUUGACUCUGUGUGUUGUCUCUGUGUGUGUCCCUGUGUGAUGUGAUGUGUGUGUGUGAUUGUGUGCUUUGGGACAAGUAUACGUACAAGUAUUAUAAGUAUUACAAGUAUAUAUUAACAGAGGACUGUCCCUUACACUACUCAAUAAAAACAUAUUGAGGAACUUA